AUGGGUUCUACACAAUUUGGGAAUUUCAACGUGAGUCUGCCGACGGAAUUCGAUACGUCUACUGGUUGCGCGAAAGGGGAGUUAACACCUGGGGAUUUUCGCGAACAGGACUUCUGCAGAGAUUCGACCUUGCCAGUUUGCAAUCUCUUUGUCGCUCACAACCAACCCCCUAAUGAAGCCUACGACGGCUGUGCCCUCACCGGUAUCUCCCUGGGAAAUCAUCGAUAUCUCAGCAACCUAGGAUCGAUACUGCUGGCAUUCAUAUCCAUCUUAGUAUCGCUCUUCCUAUUAUGGCGAUCGGAACGGAAAAAGGCCGCGGUUGGGCGAAGGGAAAUGCAAUUGUUCCUUCUUGGCUUCAUUAUCGUCGAGAUCUGCGAGAUCUUCACCGUGGGCGGUUUCCCUCUUGACAGCGCGGUGCUGAAGGGUUUUACGGCAGUUCAUAUCGCUGCGAUCACCGCGACUUGCUGGAUCCUCUUCUUGAACGCUCUUGUCGGGUUUCAGUUCCUUGACGACGGUACACCUGUUUCUCUCGGUCUCUGUGUUGCUUCUGCCCUGGUGUUCUUUAUCGGUACCGGUUAUAUCGCCCUAGAUACUGCUUUCGACUGGACCGGGGAGUUCGCGACGGACCCAUCUAAUCACUAUCGAAAUAUCGCCCUCUACGUACUGUACCAGCUCUUCCCCUCGUCCUCCUCGUGGCUGUAUCUGUCCGCCGCGGGUCUAUUGUUCGCCAUUGGCCAAAUUUUCAACUACGUGAUCAGCACCCAUCUCUGCCAGGCGUCGCACGGGAAAAUCAACGGCGCCUUAUUCGAGACAUUGUUCACCCUCUUGUCGGUCGUUACUGUCUGGAUCUUCUGGAGCAGUAUAACGGAAGACGACUGGCCGAUGCCGAUGGCUGUAGGCAGCGGCUACAACUAA